UCAGGGGUUGCCCCCUGGGGCACAGUCGGGACCUGCUAGUGGGGUUAUGAAUGAUGUGUUCUCUGGACAGAAAGCAGGCAUGCCAAACAAUGCAUACCCUAACAGCACAGCUGGUGUCACACAAAAUUUUGGCAACUUAAAUUUGCAGUAUAGUGACCCCAAUCAGAGGUCAGUAAAUUUGUUACAAGAGCGCCAUCUACUGCCCUACGAGGGCAUUGAGCCGCCCAAAGCAAAGUUAGAACAUGACUUUAAGAAAGUAAAUUGUAGUCCUGAGAUAUUUCGUUGCACCCUUUCAACAAUGCCCCAAACACAGAGUCUGCUCAACAAGUGCCGAUUGCCACUAGGAAUUCUCAUACACCCUUUUAAAGAUUUAUCUCAAUUACCUGUGAUCCAAUCUAGUGUAAUAGUACGCUGUAAGUCAUGUAGGACAUAUAUCAACCCAUUUGUGACAUUUGUUGACCAAAGGAGAUGGAAGUGCAAUCUGUGUUAUAGAGUUAAUGAUUUACCCGAGGAGUUUAGUUUUGACCCAGUCAGUAAAACAUAUGGAGAUCCUCAGAGAAGACCUGAGAUUAAAUCUGCUACAAUAGAAUUCAUAGCACCUUCUGAAUACAUGUUGAGGCCCCCACAGCCAGCAGUCUACCUUUAUUUACUAGAUGUAUCCUUCAAUGCAGUAGAAACAGGUUAUUUACAAAUAUUUUGCCAAACAUUGCUUGAUGAAAUAGACAGGAUUCCUGGGGACUCGAGGACGCAAAUAGGAUUCAUAACAUAUGACAGUUCUCUACAUUACUACUACAUAGCUGAAGAUUUAUCACAACCGAAGAUGUUUGUGGUCUCUGAUAUAGAUGAUGUAUUUCUGCCUAGUCCAGAUGGCCUUUUAUGUAACCUGACUGAGUGCAGGGAUCUGGUGGUGGACCUGCUCACCAAUCUUCCUACAAUGUUUGAAGGCAACAAGGAGACUGGCAGUGCCCUGGGGGCAGCCCUCCUAGCUGCACAUAAACUCACUAGCCCAACAGGGGGCAGAGUGUCUGUAUUCCAGACGGUUCUACCAAGCGUGGGUCCAGGGGCUCUGAAGGCUCGUGAGGAUCCCAACCAGCGAGCAGCUAAGAAUGUACAACAUAUGGGUCCAGCCACUGAUUUCUACAAGAAGCUAUCUCUAGAUUGUUCUGCUCAACAAACUGCUGUAGAUGUGUUCUUUCUAAACAGCCAGUAUAUUGACAUUGCAAGCAUAGCGUGCAUUUCAAAAUAUUCUGGUGGCUGUAUACAAUAUUACCCAGGAUUCCACAUAACUAGGAAUGUAGCACAAAUGGAAAGGUUUGAGAAUGAUCUUCGGCGAUACUUCACACGCAAGAUUGGUUUUGAGUCAGUUAUGAGAAUCAGGUGUACGAAAGGUCUCAGUAUUCACACUUUCCAUGGCAAUUUCUUUGUGCGGUCGACUGACUUGCUUUCUCUGCCCAACAUUAACCCAGAUACAGGGUUUGGUAUGCAGAUGUCCAUAGAGGAGCCCCUCACUGAUCUGUCCACAGUCUGCUUCCAGGCAGCCCUGCUGUACACAUCUAGCAAAGGUGAGAGGAGGAUAAGAGUGCACACAAUGUGCCUCCCUGUUAGCAACCAACAGACAGAAAUCUACGCAGGCGCAGAUCAGCAAGCUAUCAUUGGACUCCUGGCAAAAAUGGGUGUUGACAGGUGUAUUGGUUCCUCAAUGCAGGAUGCCAGGGAGGCCAUGAAGAAUGCUGCCAUAGAUCUCCUAUCAGCUUUCUCAAACACUCUCCCUUCUGGCCAGAGAAUGGGGGCGCUAAACUGUCCUUUCUCCCUCCGUCUCAUGCCACUUUACAUAUCAGCAUUACUGAAAUACAAUGCUUUUAGAGUUGGUUCGAGUACUAAAUUGGAUGAUCGAGUGUUUUCUAUGGAGAUGUGCAAGUCACAACCACUGGCUCAGUUCAUGCUGACCCUCUACCCUAGUCUAUACCCUGUACAUGCAUUGGAUGAUAGGAAUGCUGUGAGUAAAGGUGACCAGGUCGUGGCCCAGCCUCAGUUACUGCAGCUGUCAUUUGCUAACAUAGACAGGCAUGGGGCGUACCUUUUGGAUGCUGGGGACCACAUGUACCUGUAUGUGGGAGCAGCUAUCAGUGACAAGUUCUGCUCUGAAGUACUAGAUGCUCCAAACUUUCAGUCAGUGCCAGAAACAAUGAAUGACAUCCCAGAGCUAGAGAAUGAGACCUCAGAAAGGUUGCGGGUCUUCAUCAAUUAUUUAAUUGACCAGAGACCUUUCUAUGCUCCACUGACAGUGAUCAGGGAUGACAGCCGAGCGCGUAUGCAGUUUGUACAAUACAUGGUGGAGGAUAGGACUGAGUCGUCAUUAUCUUACUAUGAAUUCUUACAGCAUAUUCAACCAAGUAUAAAAUAGUCAGACCUAGAGUUGCCUCAAGCCCCUGCCAUAUUAAUGCCUUUCAUUUCUGAUAGUGCUAUACAUGGCACAUGAGUGGCUAGGCUAUGUACAGUGUAUAAAUUAGAUAAUGAAAUGAAUAAGCAUGUAAUUGGAGUAUAUAUAUAUAUAAUAGAAAUGACCUGGUGUAGAGGCAAUAAAGAGGACAUAGAGUGCAACAUUACCAGCUUAUUCUGAGAGGGCACCCACCAAUUAACCUGCUUGGGCUGGCUGUGCAACUAGCCACAUGUUAACCUUCGGACUGCAACUAGGAAACUUGCUGAAUCUGAAAUAUAAAUAUUGAGUGCAAGUAUGGAAUAUAUAGGCAUAGCUUGCUAACUCAGUGUUGUUGGGUGCCAAUAUUUAUGAAUUUAUAAAAUGACUUUAAGUGCUAUUGUUUCAACCAAUCUAGUUUGGAACAUAUGUUGUUUUAUUUUACUUUCAAGUGUCA